AUGCUGUACCAAUUUCCAAACCAGCAAGACUGGAUGGACUCGAAUCCUAACCUCAUGCUUACGAAUGGGGUAGUAGACAAGUUUGUCUACUUGGACAGCUGUGUCAGUUCCGGUGGUCUCGCGAAAGAUGACAUUUCUCUCCGGAUUUGGAAGGCCAGAGCAGCCUUUGUGGACCUGCGUCACCUGUGGCUUAGGCGUGACAUCAGCUUAUCCGCCAGGGGUCGAGUUUGCAAAUCUGCGGCGCUAUACGGAUCAGAAACCUGGUCGCUGCGCGCCAAGGACGUCAAAAUCCUUGUCAGUAUCUUUCAAACUUUAACGUUGCUUAUCGCUUCAGCUGUCCAAUUGACACCAAGCUUUUUUGGGUUAUUGUGUCCCAUCUACGCAAGUAUGGCUAUCAGUCGAACAACUGCUCUGUCCUGCCUUGUACGGCUAACGCGUUUUCAACCACAUCGACUAAUUAGCUCAAAGCUCAGCAGCAGUCCGAAGGAUGAUGCCCCAUCUCAGCCAGAAAGCGAAACAGAUAAGAAAAUUUUAGAUGUCGAAAAUGAUCUGCAAGCCCUCCAGACAGAAUACAAAAAAUUGGCUACCGCACAUUCCCAACUGGAAGAUAAGUAUAAACGGGCGCUUGCCGAGUCGGAAAACAUGCGCAAGCGUUUUAUGCGGCAGAUUGAUGAGGCAAAAAUGUUCGCAGUACAAAGCUUCUGCAAAGAUCUUUUGGACGUUGCUGAUGUGCUAACAAAGGCCACUAAUUCUGCACCAGCCGACCAGUUGGUUCCUGGCGUCAAUCCUCACUUUGCCAAUCUAUACGAAGGUUUGAAAUUAACUGAGCAGCAAAUGCUCCAGGUCUUCGAGCGGAACCACUUGGUCCGAAUACAACCUGCUGAAGGGGAUCAGUUCGAUCCAAAUUUUCACGAAGCCGUUUUUCAAGCCCCACGACAAGAUGGUAAAGAACCAAACACCAUAGCUGUGGUAACGAAGAUUGGAUACAAGCUGUACGAUCGUCCGCUACGUCCCGCCUAUGUUGGUGUGUUUGGACCAUGAAUAGUCAGCGGACUGAUUGAGAUGGGGACAUUUCAUAUUUGGUUCCCGCUUCUUCCUAUCGUUGUAAAAUAGAACAGCUUCUUUGUCCGUGAUUUUCAUUUUGUGUGCCGCAGCACAUCCCUCUGAAUCACCGCUAUUCUUAAGGCUAUCGGGUCUCCACGCUGUAGCUGCAUUUAUUACUGUGAGCUUGUGUUUUCCCGUAUGACUAUAGAAUUAGGUUGAAGUGCUUUAUGGCGAAUUUUGAUGAAUGGACUGCCUGAAUCAUCAACUGGUUGUAGCAUAGCUUUUGUUCAUAUGCCAUUUACUGGAUGGCUACCAGUCAGGACAAGUUCAUCACGGGUUACUCCUCCCUAUGGAGCCUUGAGUCAACGUUUCUCCAUGAUUUUCAGUGGUAGUUUGAGGGUCAAUCAAUUGUGCUUACUCACUCAUAAUCUUCUAGCC